AUGGUUGAAAGGUUGAAAGCGAUAGGCUAUAACCAAGGCUUUGCAUGGGAUGAUGGAUCUGAUCAUGAAGGCAUUUCCAAGAUUUAUGUACGAGGUGGUCUUAUUGGCAUCCAGACCAUCCAGUGCGAGUACGUCAAGACUGGACAACUUAAACAUGGAGAUCUUUUUGGUGUUUGGAAUGAUGGCUUCACACAGACGUUUGAGAUUGACCAUUUUAACAAUGAACAUCUUGAAUCCGUUGAGGGUUACUACAACAACGAUCCCUAUACUAUUCAGGCAGUUCAAUUCAAAACCAAUUUCAAGGUUUCUGAAUUGAUUGGAUAUAAAAAGGGUAUCAAGUUUUCACUUUCAGUUAAGGGAAAAAUGAUCAUUGGGUUUUACGGAUGUAAAUACUAUCCUCAAAAUGUGCCAAGCUCACUUGGAGCAUAUGUCACAUUCAUUCCUCCUAGUAGAUUGGAAGCAAAAGGUGGAGAGUCAGGCGAUAAGUGGGAUGAUGGUGCAGACCAUGAAGGCAUAACAAAGAUUCAUCUAAGAGGUGGUUAUGAAGGCAUUCAAUACAUUAAGUUCGAUUAUAUCAAGAGUGGACAACCUAAAGUUGGAUCAAUCCAUGGUCUCUCGGGUAGAGGUUUUCCACAUACAUUUGAGAUUGACCAUCUCAAUGGUGAGCAUCUUGUAUCUGUAGAAGGAUACUACGACGACGAGUCUGGUGUCAUUCAAGCACUUCAAUUCAGAACUAACAUCAAGGCUUCUGAGUUGCUUGGAUAUGAAAAAGGUAAGAAGUUUUCACUUGCACACAAGGGAAAGAAAAUCAUAGGGUUUCAUGGAUAUGCUGAUAAUGUCACGUUUGACUACGACAAUGGUCACAUAAUUGUAAAGCGUCAGCAUGGUUGGCCGUUGGACAGACGUUCGUUAGAAGAAGAGUUUGAGCUCGACUAUCCAAAUGAAUUUAUCACAUCUGUGGAUGGGACAUUCAAAGCGGUGGAUAGUACUUUCAAAGGAUCUACUACUCCCAGAAUGAGCAUUACGUCUUUGGUUUUUAGGACAUCAAAAGGGAGAACCUCUAAGACAUUUGGAAGCGUGUCUGGUACCAAAUUUGUGUUGGAGAGCAAAGGUUGUGCUCUGGUUGGGUUCCAUGGAUGGAUCCAUCGUAAUUUUCUUGGUGCCAUUGGGGCAUAUUUUUCUCCGUUGCCUCCUCCUAGUACUGUGGAGAAACUAGAAGCACAAGGCUGUAAUAAUCAAGGAGCUUCUUGGAUGAUGGUGUUUACGAUGGUGUUAGAAAGAUAUAUGUUGGACAAAGGGGACAUGGAAUCGCGUUCCUCAAGUUUGUGUAUGACAAGAACAACGAGAUGGUUAUUGGAGAUGAUCAUGGAAACAAAGCACCACUUGAAGUCAAAGAGGUGA